CAAGCUAUCUACUUGUAUUCACAGAUGGAAAUAAUAUAUAAAAGACGUUUGAUACAGCAUAAGUUUUAACACAGGUCGUUGUUGGAAAGACGGUACAGAUAUGGGUUUCCGAGUUGUUGCCUUGUGUUUCGCUGCUCUUGUCGUUGGUAGUCUAGGAUAUUUCAUUCCUGAAGCAUCGCAGCCUGCAUGCGGCAGAAGUAAGGUCAGAAGCUCCGCCGAUAGGAUCGUGGGUGGCCGGUAUGCUAAGGAGGGGGAAUUUCCUUGGCAGGUGUCUCUUCAACACUAUCGGUAUCACAUCUGUGGAGGUUCGAUCUACAACAAAAGAUGGAUAAUCACUGCUGCUCACUGUGUGGAAGAUUUGCCCUCAGUUCGUGGAUUUGAAGUUCUCAUCGGUGGCCACAACAUCAUAUCAGGAAACAAACGAGAACAGCGUAUAAAGGUUGCAGAAUUUAAAAUACACGAAAAAUACAACACUUGGACAAUUGAUUACGACAUCGCCAUUCUUAAACUGAGUAGCGACAUCAUAUUUGAUGAUGAACAUUAUAUUAAUUCAGUAUGUCUUCCUGAAAAGAAUGAGGAUUUUGUUGGUCAAGAUGCAACAGUCACUGGUUGGGGUAAUGUUAAAGAAGGUGGCAGUCCGUCUUACACUCUCAAAGCAGUCACAGUACCUGUAAUAACUAACGAAUUAUGCAAGAAACAGCAUGGACAAGGCGAAAUAACUGCUACUAUGUUGUGUGCCGGCGUCCUCGAGGGAGGAAAAGAUGCUUGUCAGGAUGAUUCUGGUGGCCCCCUUGUUGUGUAUAAGGACAACGUGGCUGUAUUGGCGGGAAUUGUUUCUUGGGGUUACGGUUGCGCUCGACCAAACAAGGCCGGUGUUUACACCAGGGUCUCCUAUUUCAUUGACUGGGUUCAAAAAUAUGCCGUUUAAUCGUAAUUUUAUUAAGGCAUUCGUAAAUUUUAUAUGUAUUUUGUUUGAUUAUGAAUACGAGUUCUCAAGAAGUUUUAUAUAAACCCUGCUAAGCAGCACAAGUAGUGAAAUACCGUAAAAUGACUGCUGUGAGUAAAAAAUUUCUUUUUUCAAACCUGGAAUAACCCUACUGAAAUCUAGUUUCCUAUGCCUGUACUGAAUAAAACAAUUAAUUCGUCCAGUCUUGCUCAAAAUUGAUGAUAAUAUUAGAAUAUUCAACUUUCUCAUUGAAGAUCCUAUUCAAAAUAAAUAUUUUUAAGUACGCUUAUUCUAAACACUUUAUAAGUAUUAUAUAGGCCUAAUAUUAGAGAUGACAAUCAAAACUAGACUGCAGUAUUUUCCCCCCUCAUUCCUCCAACCUAUUGUAGAUUAGGUAAAAAAUAGCAUGUUUAAUCUAUUUUUUUUGCUCAUAUGCAAUGGAAUAUAGG